AUGACUCAAGCUUAUGAUAAUUAUUACAGUGAAUUUCAAAAAAAUGCGGAGUUACAGCAAAAUUUAAAAUACAAAAAGAAAUAUCGAAGAUUAAAAAGGAUCAUAAAGGAUACAGUAUUCGAAAAUGCAGCAUUGUGUGAUCAAGUUGCUCAAAUGCAAGAAAAUCUUAUGCUUGUAAAGGAGGAAAGGCUCUUUCUUUUACGUAAAUUAUGUCAGCAACAAGGAGACAUAGAUCCUUCUAGUAUGAUAGUUCGAUCUCAAUCAAACAAUAUUAAUACUAAUUCAUUUAAUCCAGAAUGUUCUACACCUAAAAAAACUGCAAAGAAAAGAGUAUCAACUGAUGGGUCAGAAACUAAAAAUAAGACUAAACGUUACAAUAAAACUGCAAGGAAAGUAGUCCAAUUAAUACCAUUAGAUGUCCAUGGAAGACCUAUAUUUCCUAUUGCUUUGGGUGAUCUCACUGUUUACUCCCUUGGAGAAGUAGUAUCAGACAGGAUAGCUUAUCAUACAGAAGAUCUCAUUUAUCCAGUAGGUUAUUGUAGUACAAGGGUAUAUGCUAAUUUAAGAGAUGUAAGAACAAAAAGCUUGUAUACAUGUAAGAUAUUAGAUGGUGGACCAAAACCAAGAUUUGAAAUUGUAUCUGAUAAUGAUUUAGAUCAACCACUGGUUGGAUCUACCCCUGAUGAAUGCCAUUCUAAGCUAUUAAUGGCAAUUUCUCUUGCACUUUGUUCAAUAACACCAAAAGGGGCUGAUUUCUUUGGAAUUUCACAUCCUACUAUACAAAAUCUUAUACAAAGUACACCUGGUACUCGUAAAUUAGUUAUGUAUAAACAACAACGUUUUGAAGUAAGCAAAAAUCAAACAAUGGAAAGGGGAACAAGCCCAAUAAUGGAAGAAGAAGCAGAUCCAGGGCUUGGAUUUGCUGCUUUACAUAGGCAUUUUGCUUUAGGAAAUUCGUAUAGAAUUAAAGAAGAACCACCUGAUAAUGAUCUUUUAACUCUUCAAGAACUUCUCUCGUGA